GGACGAUAGGGGAAUGCAUAGGUUGCGCUAAUGUGUGAGGAACGGUGGUUUUGUUUUUGAAAGGUCACCUAUAGGAAGGAUGUGACCAACUUCCUCUCCCUGGUUGCGCGACACACAAAGGCAGCAUUCUGAAAGCAAAACUGUUCCAAUGGGGUCAAAAUAGAUUGCCUGCCUCAAUACAGCUCUCCAGACAUCUUGCUUGGGAAUUUAGGUUGGUACUUCAAAAUAUUUUCUUGAGUAUCUUUCUGUGUUCCUGUAUGUAUAAAUGCAGCCUCCUUGCCGUUGAAUGUUGCUGCAAAUUUACGAGCUUCAGUCUUGGGGACAGAAGAAAACAAGGAAGUUGCUUUCAGCUGGCUGCUGAUUUGCUUCUUUUAAGCAUCAUGUCUGAAAAAUGUUGCUAUGAUUUGGGUGCUGGAGGAGUUUUUAAUAUUUCCCCCCUAAAAUGUCCAUGGAGCAUUUCCCCCCCUUUGGGACAAUUUCUGAGUCUUUUGUCUCUUUGCUUUUUCCUUAGCAGAAAAGAAAAGAGUGAGUCCACAUUCCUCAGUGGAAUCUGCAAAAGUAAGUGGUUAUGAUCUAUUUCUCUGGGGUUUAUAGUUAAUAAAGAACUAACUCAGAAACUCCUAUCGAACACUAGGGAAAAUGAUAACAGUUAGAACUACGGGUAGAAAUUGAGCCUUUGCCAUAAAGUUCAUUGGUUUUCUGAUUUCAGUAAUGAAAGUACAGCUCAGAGUGUCAUAUUCUGCAAAUGCCAUUGGCUAUAAAUAAAAUGUGACUGACUGAAAGUAUUCUGCAAAUCUGCCCCCAAGAAGUGAUGUUGUGGAUGGUGUCUGCUCUUGUUUGGUGUCAAAGGGAUGGCUCUCUCUGUCUGGGUUCUUGCAUGGCCUUUUUGUUGAUGCUGAACUAUAGGAAUCUCUUUAUUUAUUUCCCAAUUUGAAUGCUCAGAGUAGCAUAUGUGUGGUUCUCCCACUUGACCGUCACAGCUCUGUGAGGCUGGAUUGAGAGAGAACGAGUGGUGAUUUGAACCCAGGUGUCUCCAGUCAAAAUCUACCCACUGCACUUCACUGCCUCUCCAGUUGUUACUCUAGUUGUUAAGGAUCCGCCAUCAGGGUAGUUUAAAAAUGUCCUGAAGCCACACCUGUCUGCCAGGUCCAGCGCAGCUGAAAAGAGCAGUUCGUAAAGUACAGUGGUACCUCGGGUUACAGACACUUCAGGUUACAGACGCUUCAGGUUACAGACUCCGCUAACCCAGAAAUAGUACCUCGGGUUAAGAACUUUGCUUCAGGAUGAGAACAGAAAUCGCACGGCAGCAGCAGGCCUCAUUAGCUAAAGUGGUGCUUCAGGUUAAGAACAGUUUCAGGUUAAGAACAGUUUCAGGUUAAGAACAGACCUCCGGAACAAAUUAAAUUCUUAACCAGAGGCACCACUGUAUCCAAAUGUGGGAGGGGGAAGAAAGUUUUGAGAACUGGCUACAGAAGAUUGCUGAGAAGCAAGCAUUGAUUUCUCUUCACCUGGGCAUUUCUAAAUGGUGGUUCUUACAAAGUUCACAGUUAGUCUUCAGUACUUAUCUAAAAAUAAAAAAAAGUGGCCUUGUAAAAAUGCUGCCCUGUAACUUCCCACUACUUAAGUUAGGGGAAGUGUGAAAUACUUAGAACCUUACAGAGGAAACAUCUCAAACUGAGCUUCCUGUUCUCAGAUCACACAUCUGGGCAGUCUGCAAAAAGCCAAUUACUGUGUGUGGUGCCCAAGGUUGUAAGGCAGGAACUGCUCUGCACAUUCCUAUUUAGGUUUUCGUAGGUGACGGGGAUCGGUUUGGUUCUCAUGUUAAUGCAAACCUACCUAAUUUGCACUUCCCAAAACGAUGCAUGAGCCAAAGCAGAACUAUCCACUGAAAUCCAUUCUUCUCUGAAUUUUUGAUGCCACUCUCCAACCAAAAAAAUAUGUACAGAGGUGUGCAUUAGAGGAAAGUGUGCCUAAAUGCAUACAUUAGCAAAAAUAGCAUAUGAACAUAUGAGAGGAAAUUAUUUGCAAUUUUUAAAAAAGGAUGUUUGCAAACUGAUGAGAAAAUGUCCAGACUAAAGUUUCUAAAAAUGAGAAACCAAGGGGAACCAAAGCUCCAUCCAUCUCUGCUACGGAUAUGCCAGCACCUUCUGAUCCAGCUGCAGUGUUGAAGGAAGGCUUCCUAGAUUCCUUUGGGAGCCUUGAAAACUGCAGUUGAAGGGACGUGUAAGACAUGCAUGUGUCUGUGUGCAUCAUGGUGUUUGCUGAGCUCUGAAUUGGGAGCCUUGAGCUCUGGAUUCAGAGUUUAGACAUGAGCUCAUUCUCCUCUAUAUUUCUUCUUAGGACUUCCUUUUAUGAGCAUUUUUAUAUUGAGUUAAAUCAGAACUGGAGGUUCCAAAAGGUGGCUGGUAUUAAUAUCAAAAGGUUAAGAGAAAGUCGUCGUGUGGGUUACAGCAUUAUUGUAAAAAAAAGUAGAUUUCAUGUCUCCCCCUCCCGCAUCUCCCUUGUCCUAUUUAUAUUAUCUUUCAUCAGGCAUUUCAGCCUUUAAUUUAUACCAGAUGGUCAAUUUCCUCAUUCUUCUCAAUUAUUUUCUUAUUGUCAAGUCCAUUUUUAAAGUCCUUGCUUUCCCCAGGAUUUAUGCUUGUUUUGGUUUGUGAGCCUGGUGUGAAAGCCUUUCAUCAGUUUUGCAGUGUUGCCCCCCACCCCACCCCACCCCCUGAUUUGAAUCCCUGAAUAGUCAAAGGUUGUUCCCAGAAGAGCCCCAUUUUACUGGAGGCAAAUGUUUCAAAAGACACCUUGGGGUCUGGAGUCUUAUGUCAUCAAAAUAAGAUCCCAUCAACACAUUUGCUUCAGUUACAUAGAUAUUAUUGCCACCGCUUUAGAAUUGCUCUCACCUGGGAACGGCUUGCUUACCUAUAUUUUUCUGCCAUGGUUUCUAGGGGUAGUAAACCCAGCCUUCCUGUUUGCAAGGGGAAGGAAACCAAAGCAAUGGAGCCAAGCUUCCUCAAAGCUUUCCCAGAGUUUCAAGUCAAUCCAUUCUCAGAAGAGGAGGACAUUGCGCAAGGUAUGUCGCCAUAGAAAGUGUGACCAAAUGUACAAAACAGAUUCAUUAAUUCAAUAUUAUUUCUAGACUUAAUCCAGUCUGUUGUUGGAUAGGUUGGUGUCUCCACCACCACUUGCCAUUUCCAACUGAGGAAAUGCAAACGUACUUGAUAAAUUAACCUAACUGCGAAGAUUAUCUAUCACAGCUUUAAGUCAAACAAAUGUGGCAUCAUUUUUAAGAUGUGCUUUCCUUCUAGGAAGUGCCUCCUUGAUCACCCUUCAAAAAAGAUUAUGUCACUUUGUAUUCCCUUAAUUAUAAUUUCAAAUUUGUGAUAUUGACCAUUUGCCUUCUGCUGUGCUGGGCUUCCUUCACGGGUCCAAAUUAUUAGACUUUUUCGCUUGAAUUGGCAAUUUGGUGAUGAAAUGGUGAUGGUUGUUCUCAGGGCCUGGGUGAGUUAGACUAUAUAAUUGUAACUGCUGUUUGUUUGUAUCUCUUUUAGGAGAAAAGAGGAAAUACAUAAAGCCAACUUCUCGAAAUGACCCAAAACUAGAAGCUCUACAAACAGUAAUGCACUUUCUCCUUAUUUUAGUUAGCUUAUGGUUUUUUAACAACCGCAUUUUCAAAGAUAAAAUUCCAAGUUGACAAACAGUAUACUUGAGGAAUAUUUUGUUGGGCGGGCUGGUCCUUCUUCUUAACUGAACUCACUUGGGGGCUGGGGGGGGGAGCAAUAGGGCUCCACCUGCCCUAUACCUUUUAAACAGCCAUGGCUUCCCCCAAGGAAGCCUGGGAAGAGAAGUUUGCUAAGGGGGCUGAGAGUUGCUGGAGAGCCCCAUUUCCUUCACAGAACUACAAUUUCCAGAGUUUCGUGGGAAGAAGGAUUGACUGUUUACCACUCUGGGAAUUUCAGUUCUGGAAGGGGAAUGGGCUUUCCUAACAACAGUGUUAAAGUGACCCAUCAGGCCUUAAUCUGAAGUUGAGCAUUUCAUGUCGCCACUCCCAUCCUGUGAAACCCUCUUCCAGCAGAGACACGGCAGGCAUCUUCUCUUUUGACUUUCAGACAUCUUUUCAAGACAGACCUAUGGGGUUGUUAAAAAUAUUCACGAACAGCCUUAGCUGGUCAUUUUAUUGAUUGUUCUGUACCACUUUCAAUGGUUCAUAAAGCUUUCAUAUUGCUGUAUGCCACUCUGAUAUUUUAUGAGAGAGCAGUAUAGAAAUACCAAGAGACUGCGAUCUACUCACAGAGUUAAAAACUGGCAAUGAUUUACCCCAUUUUGUGGGGUUCAGUUCAGACGUCCACUAAUCUACUGGUAGAUCAUGAUCUAGCUGUUGGACUACCUGAAAUAGUCCAUCUCUCUCUCUCUCUCUCUCUCUCUCUCUCUCUCUCUCUCUCUCCCUCUCUCUCUCUCAUUCCCCAAGCAAAUGUGGGGUGCAGGUGAUAAGGAGCACUUGCUAGGAAAACUAUGGGCUCCUGGGCAGAAAAUGAUGUUUGGGAACCAUGGGAGCUGUCAGGGCCGACCCACACAUGAGACAAGGUGAGGCGGCCGUCUCAGGCAGCAGAAUCCACAGGGGCAACAGAUCUCAAUGUAGAUCUUUAUUCCCCCCUUGUUCCUGAUGCAGAUGUUCACUCGCCCCUUCUUCCCUAGUGGGGAGGGGGGCAUCAUUUUGUAGUUCAUCUCAGGGACCGAAAUGUCUUGGGAUGGUCCUGGGAGUUCUAGUUCUCUCUGCCUCACAAUUUGCUUUAGGAGGCAGAAGACGCUACAGAUCCCAAACUCCCUGACAGGAAAUGACACCCCUGUCCCUAGCAAGCAUCAUCCUUGCAUGUAACCAUCUUUGCUUUCUUAAAAAUAAGGGUUCUUUCUUUCUUUCUUUCUUUCUUUCUUUCUUUCUUUCUUUCUUUCUUUCUUUCUUUUGCUUGGGAAUAGAGAGGACUGGCAGCCCAGAGCUGUUUCAACCAUUUUUAAAGCUUUCAUGAAAACACUCGAGGAUUAUUAAAGUAUUCUGCUUGAGCUUGAGACACCCCCUUGGGUGUCAAAGCCAGCUGAGAGGAAACUGCUUAUUGCUACUUCAGACUGUCAGUAGCUUAGCUCUCCCACAUACAGAAAAUAUCUCCACCUCCAAAACUAAAGAAGAUUCUAGCUUAGCCCUUUUACUAGCGUGUCCAUUUUCAGCGUGCAGAGAGACUGCUUGUUUAGAGGAGCAGUCAAUAAUGUGAGCUUCAUUCUCUGCCACUGGUUUUCUGGCUAAGUAUGGGCUAGACUAGGCCUUGUAUGCACUAGAGCCAGUGUGGUGUAGUGGUUAAGAGCGGUAGUCUCGUAAUCUGGGGAACCAGGUUCGCAUCUCUGCUCCUCCACCUGCAGCUGCUGGGUGACCUUGGGCCAGUCACACUCCUCUGAAGUCUCUCAGCCCCACUCACCUCACAGAGUGUUUGUUGUGGAAAAGGGAAAGGAGAUUGUUAGUCGCUUUGAGACUCCUUCAGGUAGUGAUAAAGUGGGAUAUCAAAUCCAAACUCCUCCUCCUCCUCUUCUUGCUCUCUGCAAGAUGCUGGUGUGACGUUUCAGCAAUUCGGGGAUAAUAUGCCAGCAGGAUAGCUCACUUGGUACAGCAUGAAACUCUUAAUGCCAGGGUCGUGGGUUCGAGCCCCAUGUUGGAUCAAAAGAUUCCUGCAUUGCAGGGGAUUGGACUAGAUAACUCUUGUGGUCCCUUCCAACUCUACAAUUCUAUGAUUCUAUGAACUUUUUUGGUUAAAAAUAUAUACUGGAAUGAAUUAAAAUGUUAAAAUAUAUUUUAUUUCUGCACUUCAGAUACUUAUAUGCUGCUUAAUAUUCAGAAUUUCCAAGCAGUGUACAAAAGCAUGCCACUCUUGUCAAGUGCAUGAAAUUUAACCAGAAACACACAUAUAUGCUAAAUUUAGGGCUCUUCCAUUUUACUUUUACAUUACAGUAACAACCAAUUACAGAAUUAGGAUACUUUGGCACAGAUUGUUGAAGUAAAUCUGAUUUCUAUCUUUUUUUUUAAAAAAAGAAGAAGUGAGAAAAUACCCAAAUGCAGUUAUUCAAGACAACAUUUCCCCCCACAGUUCUUUAUGGAUUGGAUUAACACAACUCUGAAGCAUGAACACAUUGUGGUGAAAAGCCUUGAACAAGACAUGUAUGAUGGAUUGAUACUUCAUCAUCUCAUAGGUAAGCCAUUUUUGUUUUAAAUGUGGACAUUUGGAAAUACCUGUAUUGUGAAAUAAAUCUCAUUACAGAGUGACCUCCUAUAAUUAAUAUUUAUUACCAGCUCUUUUUCUUAGCUUACAUGCAGAUCAACCAGAUAACUGAGAUAUUCUAAAGCCUGAAUGGCAUGUUUCUUCUCCCACACUCUCUCUGAAAAUUUAGUUUUCUAUGUAUUGGCUUUCUUGCAAUUUGUUCCUGCCACAACUUAGUGUAUCCUUGAAACACUUGCACACAGAAUCAAGAUCAUCCUGUGCAGAAAUAGCAUGCAUGCACACAUGAUGGUAGCAUGUUGUUCUUGUGUGACCAUCAUGAGCAGAUAUUGUGGGAGCCUGACAGGAAGGGAGCAGCAAAAGAAUAUACAAUGAAGAAAGAGAAGAAGGCCUUGCCAACGGCAGGAUUUAUGCAGAAGGGGAAAAGCAGAGACAAAGACUAACCCUCAAAAAGGACAAAACAUAAGCACUGCUAGCCUUCAGUGACUGAUAAUUCAUAUGGCUUCGUGGUUCCUGCCACAAGUCCUUUAUUUGCUGUUACCUUUUCUUUGUGUGUGUUUAGAGUUAGGGUAGGGGAGAAAUGUGGCUAAUUUGCACUUCUUGAACCAAAGAACAGCUAUCCUUCAACAUUCAAACUGCUUCAAAUUUUGCAGUACACAAAACUGUGCAUGCAUAUAUUAGUGAAAAUAACUUGCAAAAUGCAUUGUUGGAUAAAUUGCUUGGAAAAUUGUGUAGAUCUGGCAAAAAUGCAUAUAAAAAUAGGUAUUUGGAUAAAUGUGGAAUCAUAGAAAUCUAACAAUACAGUAUUUACAGUCCAGACCCCUGAGUGUUCUAUAAGAUACACAAAGGGAUCUUUUGUCAAUGACCUUUCACUUUCAUUUCAACGGUUGCCCUGAAUGCCCUAAGCCUAAGUGAAUGAAGGACACACACCUAUUCGCUGUUAGGCUUUUCUACAGCUUUUCAGGCACAAAAUGGCUCUGGAAGAGGCUCACACCACUUAAAAUUCAGUACACAAUGCUGGAGGUUGGUGUUGUGUGAAUUAAAAUAAGACACUUUUGUACCAGGGCUUCCUGGAGGAAUUAGAAUACCCUGCAAUAAAUUGCUGAACCGGAAGUCAGACUAUAUUCUGCAUCUUUCUUUCUUGUCUUCUUUUCAACUACUAGAGCAACUUGGAUCCCUCAGUCUGGAAGUAGAGGAAAUUGCAUUGACAGAGAAGAAACAAAGGCUUAAACUUGAAAUUAUUCUAAAAUCUGUGAACCAGUGUUUACAGCUAGAAGAAAGCAAACUGAAAUGGAGUGUAGACUGUAUGUACAAAUGCAAAACACAAAUCGGAUACUGAAUAAUAAUGUAUCUCCUUCCUUUUUCUUAUCUUGGGAAUCUAGUGAAGUAAAAGAACCAAAUACCCCAAACAAAAGUUGUAACUCCUGACAAACUCAUGGCUAGGUUUCUUAUAACAUUUGCAGGAGAAACACCCACAAGAAUAUGUCAGCAUAAAAGUAAUAUUUUAUAUAAAAACCAGUCACCAGCACCCCAGUCUUCCCAAGAAACAAACCCAGGUCUGGACUAUACAGAUAAAAACAGCAUUGAUUCCCAAUUGCUGGAGUCCCCAGGUGCUAAGUGCAAGUUUAGCCUUGCAGCAGAUAUUUCCUCCCAGUUAAAUGAGUGGUGAGCAUUAAUUCCUGUGGAGGAAAGUUAGUGCUGCACUUGGAGACAAGAUGGAGUGUGGGUGGAAAGCGACUUUCCAUCUCUGCCUCUCUGUGGCCUGGCCCUUGCUGAUUUCUACUGCAUUUUCUACUGCUCCAAGGGUCCUCCAGACACACACUUCUGUCAUAAGGAUGACCAUUUUGCUAACUAAAACAACAAGGGUUCCAUUGGUGAGGGAUUCUGAGGAACAGAGACUCAGGGCCAGCCUAAGCAUGCAUUUGUUUAGGACAUCUUGGCCCACUGGGCUAUAAAGCCCCGUCCGCACUUCUUCCAGUCGAAGAAGAGCCCCCCACCCCACCCUGGCGCCACCAGGAGCUACAUACCCCCGCAGCUUUAGAAAUAGUACCAUUGUACUGAAAUCUGCUAGCAUUUAAACCAUUUCCAGAUACGGUUUAUUUAUACGGUAUUUCCAAAUAUUAAUUGGUUUACACUUCAUCCGUUUGCCUCGUCCUCUUAUUUUAGCCAUCUUCAGGAAGGACUUGCUGUCCACGUUGCAUCUUCUGGUGGCCAUUGCUGGCCACUUUCAACCAGAGCUCGCUAUACCUCCGAACGUUAAGGUGGAUGUAAUAAACAUAGAGGUAAUGGAACAAUUUUCCCUUUCUUUCUGCUCUCUGCUGAGCUUGUUAAGAUUGUUUUUGCACCCUGAGUGAGGCAAGCAUGCUGAAGUUAGAGAAACUGCUUGCGAUGGUUGUGGGAGCAGGCACAGGAGCCAAGCAUUGCCCCAGUUUUCAUCCACACACCGACCUCAGAGAGGUGCUGUUGGGUAGGGAUGGGGGCGGGAUUUGGAGACAGUGCUUUCGCUUGCACUGUGACAACCAUGUCACCAUUCUGCAGCAUAGUGUUAAGAGUGGUACCACCAUGAUUUGGUGAAGAAGGCGUGGGACCAGGAUUGGUUUCGUAGGUCCACACUUCUAUUUCUCACUUGCCUAGCUGUAGAGUGGCUGGGGAUACCCAGCCAGAUGGGCUGGGUAUAAAGAAUAAAUUAUUAUAAAUUAUUAUUAUUACAGAAUCAGCAGCUCACGUGACAGGCUGCACGGCAGUGGGCAGUGCCUGGGAGACCCUGUGUCUUCCAUCUCAGCUCCAUCAGAAGUGUCAUGGACCCUAGUACAAGGUGGAUUGCAAACAAAUAUCCUCUCAGGGCUGUUUCUAGAACUCUGAUUAAUAUUAGGAAUAUUAAAAACAUGGAUGCAAAAUGUCAAAUUCAAAUGUUGAAAACAAAAUGUCAAAUUCAAAUCCUCAAAUCCUUAACGUGAAUUUUUAUAACAAAAUUCAAUUACGUUGGACUUUGCAGUUAGUUGGUGCUAAGUCUUAUAAGCCAACCGAAGCCCUAUUUAUUCACCGAGACUUUGGGCUAUGUCUGUGAUGCUGCACUUUAUAAAUAGUUGUUUGACUGUGUCUGUGCUCUCCCCUUUUAACUGUCCUCUAUUGUUUACUGGUUGUAUGACUUGGUUGUGUUUUAUUGAUAUAGUAUCUGCUUUAGAAUUAUUUGUAUAAUGAAAAGCAACUAACAAAAAGAAAUGGAUAAUCUUAUGAUUCUCUUGACAUUUUAUUAUUAGAUGUGAAUAUUAUAAGCUGUCCACUCUGAAGCAGUACCACAUACUAAAUACCAUUACAUAUAAUGUCAUAUCUGUUAAAUGUUAAAUACCAUUGCAUACCAGCAAUUACAUUAAAUUAAACAUUGCAUGCUGACUAUCAAAUACUGUCAAAUGUUCACUGUCAAAUAACUAAUUCUGAAAUCAAAUAAUUGAUGUUGAGAUAUCAAAUGUUCACUGCAUAUAUAGUAAAUCUACUGAGAUAAUAUGCAAUGAGUAAUUGGCAUCAAAAUUUGCACUAAUUCCUCAUUUUAUCACACUGUUAAUAAGCUCAUGUGUAAUGCUAAGCUAAACUAUGGCUCCGUGCUAACGUACAGGCUCCCAGAGAAGAGAAGAGUGGGACGCGGGUAGCGCUGUGGGUAAAACCUCAGCGCCUAGGACUUGCCGAUCGCAUGGUCGGUGGUUCGAAUCCCCGCGGCGGGGUGCGCUCCCGUCGUUCGGUCCCAGCGCCUGCCAACCUAGCAGUUCGAAAGCACCCCCGGGUGCAAGUAGAUAAAUAGGGACCGCUUACCAGCGGGAAGGUAAAUGGCGUUCCGUGUGCUGCGCUGGCUCGCCAGAUGCAGCUUGUCAUGCUGGCCACGUGACCCGGAAGUGUCUGCGGACAGCGCUGGCUCUCGGCCUCUAGAGUGAGAUAAGCGCACAACCCUAGAGUCUGGCAAGACUGGCCCGUACGGGCAGGGGUACCUUUACCUUUUUAAUGCUAAGCUAAACUAUGGCUCCGAGCUAACGUACAGGCUCCCAGAGAAGAGAUUGUGGCCCCUUUGCUUCUUCCUGGCCUUUCUUCUGCUAGUUUGGCUUAAUGUGUUGUCCAAGCCCAAGCUCAGGGUUUCACUGUCUCCAGACAAACUUUGUCCUGUGGUUUACAGCUGUUGCUUUGUCUGGAUUACAUGCUAAACCUAACCAUAACUUAGCUCAGUGCAGUACUGCAGCAGAAUGAAUGGGGAGGAGCAAAUUGGCUGUGAUUUCCUAUGUGUGAAUGAGGACUAUUUACUACUAACUUACCAGUACUUGAUCCAACCUUUUCCCCAGACAGGGACUCAAAGUGGCUUACAGAUAAAAGAGAAACAGUUAAAAACAUUUUUUUCAAACCAUUAAAAAGCAAUUAAGCACUAACUUGUAUAAAUACUCAAACAAACCAUACAUCCUAUAGGAAUUCUAUUGGCAGAAAACAUGUGAAGUUGCACUGCCAAAGUAUGCAGAGCAGGGGGAGUUUUGGGCAGAGCUAUAUGAGCAGAAGCAAAACCAGGAUUCUCCACUCCAUGUUUGCUGAUGCCAUUCCAAGGGGCAUGUUUGUGUUUGCAGUGCCAGGAGCAAGAUCCCCAGCCACGGCUCCCACUUUAUUAAUUUCACUUAUUUAUUUAUUAAAACACACAUUUUGCCUUUCUGCCUUGCAAACCCUCAAGACAAAAGCAUCUCAGAACCCAUAGCUAGGAAUGGGGAGUGGCAGGGGGAGAGUUGCUGAGGGAAAGCUUAUGGCAUUUCUCCUUUUGGCAGAAAACACAAGGUUGGGAUUGUGUUUUUGUUGAGGAUGCUCUGUUUGACCCCAGAAUGUGUAGAUUUUGCCUAAGAUUUUGGUAUAAUUAAGAUGCAAUCCUAUACCUGGUUACCUGGGAGUAACCUGGUCAGUCUUCCUUCUGUGUAGAAAUGCCAAAGAUUUCACAAUAAAGAAAUCUUGCACAGCACAUUCCUGAGGUAUAUUGUUCCCCUUUCCUUCUUUUUUUGCAGUUAGUAGUUGAUACCUUCUUUUUGCAUCCUUUCUUUCUAUUUCAUAGCAUACAGCGAACGGAUUUAAGACAGAAGAUUCAGUUGAGUACAUCACCGGGAACAGGUAAAAGACAAAAUUUGCCUUGAACUCUGAAUGGAGAAGUAGAAAGAUGGAAAUUACAUUUGUCUCUACUUACGUGUCAGUUUUAUUGUGCAAAUAAAAGUUAACAAAGAGUAGAAAAUGUAUUGUGUUUGGUACUGGUUUCUGUAAAUCCCACAGAGUUCUUUAUUUAGGUGGUUUUGGAAAUGAGUGCCAAUUCAUCCCUUAUUUGCUGGCUCCUGGGCUCCUGAUCAUGACACCAGGCAACAUCUUGCCUCUUUCUGCCUUGGCUUCAAACAUCAGAAAUACCAUUUGCCUUCUAUGGCUUUGUCCUUACCAAUAUCUUUUAUAAUCUGUUAUGUUAGACAAUUUCUAAUAUGAGAAACUACGCUUAUAAGAUAAACCUUUAUUGAAUUUUGAGCCAGAGACUCAGGUAACAGCUACAUUUUAUAUUUCAGUCUCUUAUUUCAUAGUGACAAAUUCUAGAAAGGUAGGAAUGCGAAUCUGUUGCCACAAAAUAACCGAGGUUGGAGCGCUGUGCAAUUUUAUGUCCAAGUAAAUAUGUGUCGGCUUCUGCCCCAUGAGGCUUGUUGCAGCCCAGAGAUUAACUAUUCAACCUGAGAUAUUGUGGGCUGCAACCACCUUUUACUUCAGAUGCCUACUUGCUUGUUUUCUAACUCAUCUUUCCUUUCGUUGGGUAUUUAGGGAACCUGACGAAAGUUCUUCACGUAAGUUACAGAACUAAGGACUUAUUCCAUUGUGUCUCCACCAUGAUCUGUUUUGAAAAGCUCUGUGGCAGUUAUUGUUCUCUGCAAAAAGCCUCAUAUCUUCAUCAUCAAUGGCAAUCUCCUGAUGAAGCUCCACCAUUGUUUUACUAAACUUCUAUGCAUAGCAGCAGAAAAUAAUUGUUCUGAUGUUAGGUAUGAGCUGGAAAGUCACCUAGGACUGUUGAGACUUACAAUGUUAUAAUUGUAGCUGUGCCCAUGUAAUUCAGAUGAGAUUGAAUAAAUUGCCCACGUACUCUUAUACUGCCUGCUAUACUAUGAUAGCUGAAAAGAACUAAUUCAACCUUUAUUAAGGAAACUAACUACCUAGCCGCUCAUAGGAAAUACCUUGUUGCUGACAAAGACUCGAAUGAAUAUUGAUUUUAGACUCUGGAUCUCAGACUUUAGCUGAUGGAGUAUUCCUUUUAACGUUAAGAAUGUUAAGAAAUAUAUAUGACAUUUCCGAUUUUGUCUGCCGCUUCUGCCCCUGGGUGCUGAUGUAGUUAAAUGUGUUAUUAUCGUUCUUUCUGUUGUCUUUGACUUUGACUGUAAUAAAUAUUGAUUGAUUGGACUUUCAACUCCCGCCAGUCCCAGCCACCAUGGCCAUAGUCAGGGGGGAUGAUGGGAGUUCAGCAACAUCUAGGGAGCCCCCCUCAUAGAUUUGAUGCUUUAUUGAACAAACAUACAGAAAGACAGGUUCCUGUCCCAAGGAAUUUCCAGUCUAAGGGUGCAAUCCUAAGUAGUUAAAAGUCAAUCUCAUUGAGAUCAAAACAGCUUUCUCCCAGAGAAAUGGGUAUAGGAUUGCAACCCACAUUUCUGUAGUACAGAAUGACAGCUUUGGGAGGAAAAGGCAAUAGAGAGGAUGGGAUGGCGCAUAGACCCACAAGCCCACAAAGAAGCCAUAUGCAGAGCACUCCACCUCCAUCCUCCUUUGUUAUUGGGCUAAGAUAUGGGUCAUUAUGACCUGCAUUGCAAAACAUAAUACAGAAAAACUCUCAUGUGGUGAAAUAUAUUGAAAAUAAUCAAUUUGGUACUUUACUCUAGAAGCUGAAAUCUUUGAUGAAUUAAUGGCAUAUGCUCCAGAGAAAGUGGAUGCAGUGAAAGAGGUAAAACAAACACCCUCAGGUUUUUGUUUCGUUUUCCCCCAGACAAUUUAUAAUGUGAUAUAUAACCAAGAAACGGUGAUUUGAUGCCAUGCUCUGUUCCUUCAGGUAUUUUUGAAGUUUGUCAACAGACAUGUUGGGAAGUUAGGACUAAGUGUGGAAGACAUUGAUUCUCAGGUAAAUAUAUCCUACUCAUGAUCCUAUGUUGCAUUUAAUUUAUGAACUGCUUUAUGGUGUUUGCCCUCAUAUCAACCCUUGGAGGUCUAUCACUAAGCAUUUCCCUUUACAGAUGGGAAACACGGGUUGGGGCUGCAACUUGAUGAAGGCCACAUAAUAAGUCAGUGUGGAGCACAUGAACACUAUGUAGCUGCGUCCUUCGUGGGCAGGACAGUCGGAACCGGGGAUGAAAAGCCAGCUGGCUUGGCUCCAGCCGAAGCGUCUCCCUUCUCAGCCUUGCCGCUGUGGAGACCCAUCAUUAACACUCCUCCGACACGUGUCUGCAACUCAAGCUGCUGUGCAUGCAAGAGUACACAUUACUCAGCAGAGUAAACACACAACAGAUCAGGCUCGAGGCGUGGAUACUGUACUAAACUACACAUUUAUUCUACAUAAAUCAGGACAAAGAAAAACAUGGCCUCUCUCCUUGUCGUUCUUCUUAGAGAGAGAGAGAAAACAAAAGCAAUGCAGAGCGGAACUUCUGCUCACGGGAUUCCAGCAAUCUGUGCUGGAAUGGAAACAGACAUGUGACAUAUAACAAUCCCACAUAUCUGCAGCAAAGGGUGGAAUGGAAUUCCCAACAAGGUCUACUUCAAAUGAUGGGAAAUUAAGUUUAAGCACCUGCCUCACGUGGUUAAAAAGACAAUUUAUAGAGAGUAAGCACGCUAAGUGAGGGCUUCCUUGAUUUCAUUCUUCAUUUCAAUAUCUCAGAUGCUUGCAGGAACCCCAUUUUUAAAAUUUAUGUAUGCCAUUAUUAUUUCUUCCUUCUAUCAGGGAGCUCUGGCUAUGCACAUAGUUUCCUUCUCCUAUUUUAUCAUUUCCAUGAGCCAGUGAAGUAGUUAAGUUCCAAGAUAGUGACUGAAAGGGUCACUGAGUGAGCUUUGUGGCUGAAUGGGGAUUUGAACCUGCACCUCCCUGGUCCUAGUCUAACCACUACACCACAUUGGUGCACAUCUAAGUUUUUUUUUAUUGCAUGCAUAGAAAUUAAAUGGAUUAAUUAGAUAUACAUGUGUUUGGAAGCAUGUGUAUCAUACAUUCAUAUUCAUCGGACUCGGGAUUUGCUACAGCUUCCCACCAAAUGUACAUCUGAUGGCAAACCCAGGUUCACUUUGGUCGAACGUGUGCAGUGGCCCAGCAUCUGCAGCCAAGGUGGGACUUGAAUCUGUUCUUGCCAGAUGCAGUCAAGCUUUCUGUUCUCUGCUAACACACAUUAGUACCCUGGAAAGUGAAGUGAUGCAAAAGUUUUUCAUAUAUCCCACCUACAAAGAAUUUUUAAUUCUUGGCAUAGGAUCAGCACUAAGAGAAAUCCUUAUCUGGAUUUUGUCUUUUGUCAAAAUAACAAGCAACUUCAAAACUUGAUCUAUAUAGUUGACAUGAUUCUUUCAUUCAAAUAGCACUGGAAUCUAGUCAGAGAUAAAUGACUUACCUGUCACACUAAUAACCUAUGAACUGGACAUAAAGUGCUGAAAUUUGGAUUCAGACUGUAACAUACAGAUGUGGGUGAUAUAUAACAUAUAGUAUUGUAGCACUUCAAUAAGUUUUUGCGUGACUGUUUUGUGCUGUUGCACACAGAAGCUUUGGUAAGCUUUGGGGGGCAAAUAUGAAGAAGCUUUUGUCCGGCAGGAAAGUUCUUUAAGUCAUGGAGGUCUUGUGGAUUACAAAACUGACCCUGCGAUCAUUUUAAUAAUCUUUAAUGUAAUGCCUCUGUUCAUUUCCCCCCAGUUUGCAGAUGGGGUUAUUUUACUCUUGCUAAUUGGGCAGCUUCAGGGCUAUUUCGUGAAUCUGGGAGAUUUUUUCCUGAAACCAAGUUCCCCUGCAGAAAUGGUAAGUUAUUCUUUAUGCACCCAAUUGUGGGUACAGGGCAUUUGGAGGCCCAACUAUAAACUAUAAUAGGUGGGACACACAGAUAAUUUCCCCACAUUAUUUCCAAGCUUCUUAGGUGCCCCAUGCAAAGGGAAUAAACCGGCCUGUAGCAGAUCCCACCGUUGUGUCACCAAAGUGAAGUGGAUCCCACCUCUCUGGCUACCAACUGUGGCAGAACCCACCAACUUAUAUACUACAUGUAACCUCCACAGUUUAUCUUCGUGGUUUUUGUGUGGUGGUAAACUUAGAUCCUUGGAGACUCAAGCAGAAGUUGAAAAAAUAAGACAUAUUAGUUUUAAAGAACGAAGUUAAUAAAACAAAGGAUGUGUCAGGAGAUAAAAGGUCUUUCAGGAAACAGUUAAUUUAUUAAUAAUUAUACUUAAUCUAGUGGAUGAUACAGGCUUCUAAAGAAGGUAAUAAAUGCACAGCUUCUUUUAAAUGUCAGCUGCUUUAAUUCAGUUUUUACUCCUCAGAUGUUACAGGUUUCUAGACAAAAGUUUACUUCCACUUAUUUCACUUCAGUUCCUAAACUUAGUUGUUGUGUAGGUGUUACAGCUUAAUACUUUGGUUCUUAAACAAGGAGGUGGUACUUUCUGUCUGUUUCCCAGCCUUUGAUCAGUCAUACUCCUGAGAUACCUCUGGCAGCCUAACAGACCCAGGGGAUCCCCAUGCACCCCUUUUUUCCUGGUUUGGGAGUCUUCUCUUUCUGGAAGACCUCUCCCCUCCUGACUGGAAGGAGACCCAAGGAGACUGUAUACUCACAGCUUCUCCUUCUCCUGGCUCCAACUCAGUCUGAAUGCUCUCCCAAGACACUCAACACAGUCUUCCUGUCUAAGCUCAGAGACUACUUUCUCUAGCUGUAGAUAAUUUUCCCAGGGUAGAUGUUACACACGCAGACUAGGACCAACUCUUUUUCUCUCCCUCCUGCUCUCUCUUAAACCAUCUCCCCAUCAGAAUCCUUUCUCUGAAACGGCUCCUUUUAUUCUCCCUCCCAAAGUUCUGGCUCCACCCACCUUUGUCUAUCUGUCUAGGUAGCCAAUCAGAGAGAGGCUCCAGCCCUCUGGUGGAAUUCUGAGGCACUGCGUCACCAGAUUCUGGUCUGGCUCAGCUGUCCGUCACAUAGCCCUCUUGGGGUGGUGUGCAUUUUGGCGUUCACCUGACUUUGCCAUGUUGGCCACAGUGAUCGAAGAUAUCUCUCUCCUCUGCGCCUUUCUCGUGGGGCAUUCUCAGUCUGCCUGCUUCCUCCCACUCUGCCCAUCCUACAGGCAGAGGCUGCAUGGGGGAGGCUGCCUGUGUGAUCUGUUUUUUCUGCGCAAUGUCUUCGCGCGGCUCCAUUUGUGCAUGGGUGGCACAAUGUUACACAGGAGGAGCGCAAGGUGCGAUGUUUCGCUAAUGUUAAAGGCGCAGAGGGGGAAUAUUACUUCAAUCGCUGCGCUCCUCCUGAGUAACGUUGCACCGCCCCUGCACAAACGGAGCCGCGCAAAGACACCACAUGGCAAAAACAGACUGCCUACAGCCUCCCUCCCAGCUGUAGGGCAGGCAGAGUGGGAGGAGGCAAGCAGAAUACUGUAUGGAGGCUCCGUGGGGAAGGCAAAAAGUGCUAAAAGUAAUUGGAAAAAAAGCUUCACCACUCCCCCCCCAAAACAAGCUCAACUCUGCCCCCCCCAAAGCUCAGUGAUUGCUGGCGAGGGAACAGCUGAUAGGUGGCCUGUUAGACGGGUGGGGCUGUUAGCCUCUGGGCAAUCCUUCCCCCCAAAAUUUUCAACAAGUCAGGGCAAUUUCCCCCCAUUUUCUUUUUUUGGGGUCCCCAAAAAUAGGGGGCAUCCUAUACAUGGAGGCGUCCAAUACACAGAAAAAUACGGUAAUAUGUUGUUGUUUUCCAUUGGUGAUAAUUUUUCCAGAAUUGACACCACCUUUUCUUUUGUUGACCCUUCUCAGGUACACAAUGCAAGCCUUGCAGUAGACUUUCUAAUGGACGGAGGCCUUCUGGAUGUACCUAUCAACCCUGAAGGUUAGUCAUUGUACAAGAAGGGGUGCGUUUACACUUCAUGUUUCCAUAUCACCUUAGGAGCACUUCUCAGAUGUCUGUAUACAUUCCAGCACUAGCUGUUGCAGCACAAGAACGGAUGUUUUGACUUUCACUGUUCUGUUUUGGUAUUGCUUUUGUUCCCUUCUCUUUGAGAGCAAGAAGGAGAGGAGACAUCUUCCGUUUGUUCUGAACUGUCAAUAAUAAAGUAGCUUUAGUGCCCCCACCUCGGGCCUGGCUUCUGCUGAUGAUUUGUUUACUCUGCUAAUGUGUGCCUACUGUUGGAAGAUGUGGGUCACGGAGUCCUGUCGGGAAGGAGACAGAUGAUUAAUCCGGACAUCACGCAGGAGGGAGAACCGGGCAGACACGCAUAAUGGCGAUUGGCUGGAUGCCCACCCUGCGGAUGGGACGAAAUCCCAACCGUCACCUCUGUUCCUGAGCUUUGGGUUUGUGGUAGCUGCCUUGGUUCCCCCAUUCCAUUCUAGGGAAUGCAAAUUCAAUGUGUUAUAUGGGCUGUUCCUCUACAGCUCAAGGAUGUAUAAUUUACCCAUUCUACUUUUGUCUGCCUUAUGUUUUCACAGAUCUCGUGAACCGAGAUAUGAAGACCACGUUGCUCGUCUUGUACUGCCUGUUUUCCAAAUACAAGACCAAAGAGGCAUGAAGUACAGAAAUCAAAAGGCCUAUGCCAUAUUUGCUAGUGAAUAGUCUAUUUUUCAGUGCCAAUAAUUGUUUGAUGCUUUGCAUCUACAUACAACAGAUACAUAUUGUAUGCGUAGAUGAGAAUAUGUUUCAGUAACCUAAACUUGGUGGAUGCUGUCAUUUACUGGUAAUUCUUAAGGUUUUAAGAGGGUCAGCAGGAAAUGGCAGGUAAGACUUGAAAGAAAUCAGCAUGGCAUUUGAACAUCUACUGAACGCAGUUUGUAUUCUUGUUGGCAUCUGUCUGAGAGACAAUGGAGUGUGCCUCCAGGGAUGAAGUUGAGUCACUGUGUUUGCAGCACCAAAGUGACCUCCCUGAGGCGCAAGCCUGGGCCAUGUGUCUGGAGGUCCUGGGCUGCCCAGAUGACAAGACCACCCUGAUGUGGUCCAAAGGAAAGCAGAGCAAUAUGUUUGGCACCAGCUUGGCUGCAGGAGUUGCUGAGAGGGGACAUACAAGACACCAUCCAACAGUCUUAGGGAUGCUACUCUGGAUUUGUGUAGGGUUUACUCCUUGGUCUUUUCUUCCUAUGAAGAUAUCCUGCAAGGCAGCAAAGGUUUAGAAUCAGAAUUUUCCUUCUCCUAGAAGGGCUACCUUCCAGGUUGACAAGCCCCACCUGCACCUCACUUCCCUCUACAGCACGUGCAGAAUCCACCUUCUUGACCAUUGGAUUCACUAUUGGUCUCGCCUGCUCAAUCUGCUGGAGCCUGUUUCCACAUGCAGGAAAAGUCCCUAGCUCAUCAAAGGUUUGAAAUCCAUUGGCUACCCUCACCUGGUUUAGCAGGCCAGUUGAAGCUGUUCCUGAGGUGUGGCCACUGUCAUAUGUUGACAGCUUCUAGGAGUGCAUGGUGGGGACCAAAGGUGGACAAACAACUGCAGGAGGAGUACGACAUAUUUACCCCACAGAGGUACAACCCCUCCCCUAACAUCCCCAUACGUCCCAAUGCACUUUGUAGUCUUUGACAUUUAGUUAUGCACAUACUUUCCCCUGUGCACAUUUUAAAACCUUCAGAAUUACCAGUAAAUGCCUGAUUCACUGUUCAGUAAUAUGUGUUUUUGUUGAUGCCAGUAUUAUAGCCGCACCAAUUUUGAUGUCCUUAAUAAGAUUCAGAUUUGUAUAGCUAUAGAGUUCUUAGAUGAUGUGCAAUCUCCUGGCCAUAGCUUUUCCUCCAAAUUUAAUUAUUUCCCCAUAAUUUUUCCCAAGAUGUCAGCAUGUACCGUAUUUUUCGCCCUAUAGGACGCACUUUUCCCCCUCCAAAAAUGAAGGGGAAAUGUGUGUGCGUCCUAUGGGGUGAAUGCAGGCUUCGCGGACCUCUCCGCAAGCAGUGGGAGCCCAGCGCUGGGCUCCCGCUGCUUGCGGAGAGUUGCCUGCAUGCUGAAGCCUGCGCGCGCUGAGCCCAGCGCGUCCAGGCUUCGCGCACCUCUCAGCAAGCAGUGGGAGCCGGCGCUGGGCUCCCACGGCUUGCAGAGAGCUGCCUGUUUGGGGGCUGGGGUCGGGGGAAGCUCGGGCUUCCCCCGCCCCAGCCCCGUGCCUGGGGGAGAAAUAAUUUCCCCCCUUUAUUCCCCCCCCCAAAUACUAGGUGCGCCUUAUGGGACGGUGCGUCCUAUAGGGCGAAAAAUACGGUAUAUCAAUAAAAAGUUUCUGGUGCAUACAGAGGAUUUCAGAGAAGAAAAUUAUUCAAAGGGGAGCUUUUCAGUACAACCAAAAAUGUUUAUGAAAAAUGGUGAAUAGUUUCAGUGCUUUUGUUUUUGCCUGUCAUGUUUCUCCAUAAGUAUUGUGAAUCAAGAUAUGAAGAUGACAUUGCAGGUUUUGAACUGCUUGUUUUACAAAUACAAAACUAUAAAAAGCAGAAAUCAAAUAACCGUAUUAUGUUUUAUUUAACUUUUUAAAUAUAUUUAUUUAGUACUCUUUACAGCAGGGGUGGUAAAUCUGUGGCCCUCCAGAUGUUGUUGGAUUCUGGCUCCCUUUGGCCCCACUUGCCAUGAGUUGUACUACACUAACAUCUGGAAGCGUACUAAAUAUAAAUUUUUAAUCUCUUCCAACCUCACAAAUGUUCUUACCAGAAAGGGACUACUCGAGAGGUGAAUUAGUAUCCCACUCAAGAGUUCUAGGAAUUUUGCAAAACCUGAAUUAAUGGGUCCCGAUUCUGAGCCACACUUCUUGGACCUACACUUGAUUACAUUGAUUCCCAUUGUGUGAUUGCCAUUCUGCAUGAUUUCUUGUUGCGCAUUAUCCUAGGGUCAAGAGAUCAGCUAAAGAAUUGUCUUAAUUUAUUGGCUUUGCUUAUAUUCAUAAGAAAAACUAAAUUCUUUUUAGUAAUGCCUGAAGGAUAAGUGGGCGCUGUGCAGAGGACAGCCAGAGAUGCUCACCAACCACAAACUCACUGAAUGCCCAGCUGUGGCUUACUUAGCAUAAUGGCUAAUAAAGACUUCCGGUAUCCCAGAUAAUGCAGCAGUGACAUGAAAAGUAAUUUGUGCAGUAACUGCCUUUUCAGUGAAUGAAAAUAAAAAGAAUUAAC